UAUAUAUAUAUGUAUGUAUAAACAAGUUUUGAAAGAAUCGCUGUGCUCAUUGUGUAAUCUCCAUGAACUCGCAUUAAAGUGCUAAAGUAAAGGGUUAGCCUAAUUUGCUAGCAGUCUCCUUAAUGAGCAACAAUAACAACAACAAAUUACAAAAAUAACUAAUAACAAGUAACUAGAGAACUAAAGAACUAGACCAACCAAACAACUACAGACCAAUUAGCGGAAAUCGAUUCUGGGCUCAGUGAGUUUUGUAGAGAUUUCUAAGGUUGUCAGUUGGUCUAAGCAUUGUGGCGGUCGUUAGCCCUCACGCGCCACAAAUACACAGUCAACAAAGCAGUCAGGCAGUCAGUUGUCGGCCGCUGGCGUCUGACAAGCUGAAUUUUCAUUUCUCUUUUGUUCACAUUUUCUACUCAUUUGUUUCUGUUGAAGGGCGCAAUGUAGAAUAAAAAUAAAAAAUACAAAAAUAAAUGAAUGUUCUCUUGUAAUUAGUCUUUGGCAGCAAAGUAAUUCCAGUGCACGACGAAAAGUAUUAAAACGAAAAGUCCAUUAAACACAAAGCAACAACAAAGAGAAAAAGACAAGUAAAUAAAACUGAAAAAUAAAUAAAGUUAUAAAGUGAACUAACUAUAAAGUUAGUUAAGAAGUGAGCGUUAAAAAAGAAAACACUCAAAAAGAUACCGAGUAAACAAACAACGAAGCGACAGCUUAACGGUUACAAGAAGCAUCACAACUUUGGCACAUUUCUGUCAGAAAGUACUCAGCAACAACAAACAACAGUGGAGUGGAGUGUAUUCAUUAUUGACAAAGAAUCUCAAGAAAAAUGGUGCAAAAAUUCCAAUCGCCCGUUAGGGUCUACAAACACCCGUUCGAGCUGGUCAUGAAGGCCUACGAAUGCCGUUUUCCGAAAUGCCCACAAAUGCCCAUCGUACUCGAUUGCGAAGUCAUCAAAGAUGAAAUUCUGGAGAAUGGAGCGAAGCGCAAUACAAGUCGACGCUGCAAAUUGGCCGUCGAUGCGCCGUAUAUUUUCAAGAAGUUGAUAGGUGUCGACUCUGUAUAUUUCCUGCAACACAACUACCUCGAUAUGGCCAACCGCACACUGAAUAUAGAGGCUGUGAACGAGAGUUUCUCGUCACGCAUAGAAAUCUUUGAACGUUGCCGUUACUAUGCGCAUCCCGACAAUCCGGAGUGGACCUGUUUCGAUCAGACCGCCACAUUGGAUAUUAAGAACUUUUUCGGUUUCGAACACUCCAUGGAGAAGAUGGGCAUGAAGCAGUAUACACAAACAACGCUGAAGGGCAAGGAGAUCAUAGAGUAUUUCAUAAAUGAGCUGAAAGAGAAGGGCGUCACUACAGUGGAACGUUGGACGCCGCCAGUUGAUGCACCCUGUUCGCCGACCACACGUGAGCCGAGCGAGGAACCCAUACAGAAGCUCAAGGAUGAGGAGCGGCGUCGCUCGUCACACGAUGUGCUACUCGAUGGUGAUUUUAUAGCGAAAAAUUUGGGCGCACUCACACUGAUGCAGGCGUCGAAGCUGUUGGAGCUGCGAAAAAUGCUGAAUGGUGUUGAGGACUUGGAGCAAAUGCCCAGUUAUCAGACCAUACUGCGUUUUUUGACAGCACGCGACUGGCAUGUGAAUCAGGCCUGCACCAUGCUCAAGGAUUCGCUCAAGUGGCGCAAAGAGCACAACAUCGACUCGCUGGUUAAGGACUACAAGGCGCCAGCGGUGGUGGUGAAUCACUUUCCGGGCGCAUGGCAUCAUCACGACAAGGAUGGGCGCCCGAUUUAUAUAUUGCGUUUGGGGCACAUGGACGUCAAAGGUCUGCUGAAGUCGAUCGGUACCGAAGGUCUACUAAAGCUCACGCUACACAUUUGCGAGGAGGGUAUGCAGCGCAUCAAAGAGUCGGCCGAAAAGCUGGGUCAACCUGUGUUGAGUUGGUGUAUGCUUGUGGACUUGGAGGGUCUCUCUAUGCGUCAUCUCUGGCGUCCGGGUGUAAAAGCGUUGCUCAAUAUUAUCGAAACUGUCGAGCGCAACUACCCCGAAACCAUGGGGCGUGUGUUGGUCGUGCGUGCGCCGCGCGUGUUUCCCAUCGCCUGGACUAUUGUGAGCGCUUUCAUACAUGAGAAUACACGCUCAAAAUUUCUGUUCUACGGAGGUCCCGAUUGCCUGCACAUGAAGGACGGCUUGGAGCAAUACAUCGAUUCAGAGAUCAUACCAGACUUUUUGGGUGGUCCAUGUAAGACACUCAUACACGAAGGUGGACUCGUGCCAAAAACACUCUAUAAAAUGAACUCACUCGAGGACGACGAUGCGGAGGAAGAGGAGACCAAAAACCCGCUGGAAGCUGGUGGUGCCUUGAUGCACGAACACCGCAGUCUCUACAAAACAGUUGAGUUGCGCACCGGUUACAUACACGAGGUGGUUAUACCCAAUCAGGAUCCGAAGAGUGUGCUCACCUGGGACUUCGAUGUGAUGCGCAGUGAUCUGCAUUUCACGUUGUAUCGCGCCACGAAAGAACUGCCGUCGAAAACUGACACCGCCGUUUCCAUAUUCGAUAUGAGCGAUUUCGUGGAAGGCGAACACUACUUCAAGGAGGAGCCAACACUCAUUUGCCGACACCGUGAAAGCGUGCAGGGUUCCCAUGUAAUGCAUCACACGCACUCGUACAUCAUGCAGUGGUUCAGCCCGUCGAGCGGUGCUGAAGGACCCGCACAGUUGAACUUCUUCUACGAAGUGCUCAGCUCGGCCAACUACAAAGGCUCCAUGACCAGUCUGCAAUCCGGUUUCUCAUCAUCCUCAGCUGCCAGUUCGUGUCAGAGUCGAUGAUAUGAAGCGAACAACGGCGCGGCCUGCAGCAGUGCAACGGCACGGGCGGGGAAUGCCAACGGUGGGGCGGCUGGUAACGGUGUAGCGGGGAAGCGUGAGGAGCAGCAGGCGCAUAACGGUGAGGAGCAAGUGCAUGCGCAUGGUAUUAUGGCGGCGGAUUCGCUGAUGGAGAAGACAUUGAAUUGAAUUGAAAGAGAGGGGGUGUGUGUGUAGCGCUUAUAAAUACACAGUUAACUUUCGAUUUUCAAUUCAAAAUAAUAUUUAAAUUUAUAAUUUAGUGUUAUAUAUAGUUAUAUAUGAAAUAAUUGCUAGUUUAAUAAAAUUCAUAAAGACGCUAUAAUUUAGUUUAAAAAAAAAACAAACGAAAAAUGUGAGCAUGAUUUUAAAUAGCGUUUUAAUAGAGAUAGAUAAUAAUAUUUUGUAGCUCAAGCAGCCGUGUAAUGCAUGUGUUAAGCAAAUGCUACGACAGCGUCAAAUGCAAUUUUAAACAAUUUUAAUUUUGUAUGCACGAAUUUUAUAGCUAAAAUUUAAUAAAAAAAAUAAGAGAAGCUUGCAAGACAUUAGCGUUGAAGUGUAAGCCAUCUAACGCUAACAAAGUGUACAAUAAUUGUGUGUCCGUAGCAAACAAUCAUGAAAUAUGCAAUAAAUUAUUACAACCGCAUCGAAAUGUGCAAUAACAUUUACAACCUACAGGCGCGUACAUAUUUUUGAAGAACUUACAAUAAAACCACAUAAUAAUGCCGUUGAAAAACAAUAAACGAUUUAUAUAUGUACAUACAUA